AUGGAUUUCAAGAAGCUGAUGUCAGCGCAAAUCUCGAAAUCAAAGCCAGCCGCCAAGGAAGACAGUACAACCAAGUACCUGCGACGAGCAGACAUCGAGGCAGCGCGACAAGCCCAAUAUGACGAGGAACAACGACGAACCGCAGCGGAGCGUGAAGAGCGAAUGGCCAAAAAGCGGAAACUCGAAGAAGACGAUGCCGAGCAGGCUGCAAUUCGAGAAGCUAAGAUGAAAAGGCUGGCGGAAGAGAGUAAGAUUCGACGUGAGACGCAAGAACGGGAAGAGGAGCGGGCCCGGAGACGGAGACUAGGGCUUCCAGAACUAUGCGAGACAAAAGCUGAGAAUGAUGAGACCAAUGGGACUGAUCUAGAAGAUAUACCGGACGACGAACUGAGGUCGAAGCUACGAGAGCUCCUCGAGCCAGUCAUGGUGUUCGACGAGUCGCACGCAACACGUCUACAGAGGUAUUAUACAUUGACCGGCAAAGCUCUGACUUCGCGGCCUCAGUUGUCCAAGGGUCCAAUUCCUCACGCGCUACAGCCAGUGGAUGAGAAAGACAUGCUCAUUCCCGAACAACUACCUUCUACAGAUGACACAGGGGGCACGAAAUUCCUUUACCGGCGACUGGCAUCUUACCUCUCGCUACUGUUGACAGAGUGGUCGAUCAUGCUGUCACAGCGCGAUGAGGCGACACAGAGUUCGGCUUCAGGACGCGCCGCAUACCAGUCAUACCUGACAGUGCUCUCUGACCUGACACCCAUGUUCCGCAAGAUGGAGGCGAACACCCUGGAGCCUGACCUGAUACCUCCGCUCUGCGAGAUUGUACGCUUCAUACAGAAGCGACAGUACGUCAAAGCCAACGAUGCAUACCUCACUCUCAGCAUUGGAAAGGCCGCUUGGCCGAUCGGCGUGACGAUGGUCGGUAUUCACGAGCGUAGUGCACGAGAGAAGCUCCAUGAGCAUGACAAGCAGGCACACAUCAUGAGUGACGAAGUGACGAGGAAGAUGCUGCAGUCGGUGAAGAGAUGUCUUACUUUUGCACAAACAAGAUGGCCUCCAGAUGAUCUGGGCCAGUUGAUGGGUUGA